AUGAGUGCACAAACCAGUACCAAGCAUAUAUGCAUCGUGGGUGGCGGGCCCGGCGGGCUAGCGGCGCUGAAGAUGGUCUUGGAUACCCCGCAACACAAGGCAGGGCUCUGGCAAGCCACCGUCUUCGAGGAGCGCGAGAAGUCCUUCCUCUUCCCGCCGUCCACGCCGCUCUUCCCGCCCGCCGCGACCGUCGAGAAGUACCUCUCCGACUACGCCGCGCACUUCGCGCUCACCCCGCACAUCCGGCUGCAGACCCAAGUCCAGGCCGUCGACUGGCUUCCGGACGCGCAGAAGUGGAAGGUCCAGGUGGACGCGCACGGGCUCGUCGAGGAGCCGCUCUUCGACCUGCUCAUCGUCGCGAACGGGCACUACCGCCUGCCGCGGUACCCCGCGACGCCCGGGCUCGACGCGUGGCGCGCCGCGGGCAAGGCGACGCACUCUGCGUGGUACCGCCGCCCGGAGCGCAUCGGCGCCACCGUGCUCGUCGUCGGGGGCGGCCCGAGCGGGACGGACAUCUCCGCGGAAAUGCGCACGACCGCGCACGUCGUCAUCCACUCCAUCGAGGACCGCGACGGCGGCCGCUUCAAGGUCCGCGGGCGCGUCGCGGCGUUCGGGGACGUGGAGGAGGGCCGGGUCGUCUUCAAGGACGGCUCGGAGGAGACGGGGAUCGACCACUGCAUAGUGGCGACGGGGUACCAGCACCACCUGCCGUUCCUCCCGCCGACGCUGCUCAGGUGGAGGUGCCCCCUCGUUCCCGCCUCGCGGCUUGCCUUCCUCGGCCUGCUCAAGGGCGUCGCGCCCCUGCCGCUGAUGGAAGCCCAGAUCCGGGCUACCCUCGCAGCCUUCGCAAACCCCGCGAUCAUCGACGCGGAAGCAGAGUCAGCGGCGAUCGUCGAGCGGUACGAGCACCUCCGCGCGCGGUUCGGGCCCGAGGCGAGCGAGGCGCACAUCGCCGCGGCGUGGCACGUGUUCGCGCCGCAGAUGCAGUUCGACUACCGGGACGAGCUGCACGGGCUCGUCGGGUGCGAGGAGCGCGUCGCGAAGUGGGUGCGGGAGAUCUACGACGCGCGGGACGUGCUCCGCGCGGAGUGGCGCGAGCUCGAGCGCGUCGGCGAGGCGGAGGAGUGGGUCAGGGGCGUCGGCGAGGGCGGCGUGGAAGAGUGGGUCGAGCUGAUGCGCAGGGUGCUGAAGCGCGCGCAGGAGAGGCCGAAGAAGAGCGGGAGGACAUGCAGGAGGCGAGGCUCGCGCGUGCGGAGGGCGAGGAUGGCGGCGAGGUCCGGGUCGCACAACCGCUCGCGGAGGAGAGCGGCGAGAAGGAGGCGUCAAAAUGCGUAG